CUCAGGUGCUGGCCGCAGGCCCUGGUCGGGGCCGGGCUCGAACUCUGCCUGGGGGUCUGUGGGGCCCGCGGCACACGAGCCGCCAUGCGGCUGGGCUCCGGAGCCUUCGCCGCCUGCUGCGUGGUGAUUGAGGUGCUCGGGGUCGCUGUCUUUCUCCGGGGUUUCUUCCCCGUGUCGGUGCGCUCUGCGUUCCGGGUCCAGCCCCUGCCCCCUGCGCCGGAGCCCGCGGCAGGAAUGAGUUCCAACUGGACCCAGCUUCCACCUCCUCGCUUCAGAAAAGUUGUUAUAAUGCUGGUGGACGGCUUGAGAGGUGAUUUUGUGUUUGGAUCAAAGGGUGUGCAAUUCAUGCCUUAUACAACAUAUCUUGUAGAAAAAGGAUUCAGCCAUAGUUUUAUAGCAGAAGCAAAGCCACCCACUGUCACUCUGCCUCGAAUCAAGGCUCUCAUGACAGGAAGCAUCCCUGGCUUUAUUGAUGCUGUUAUGAACUUUAAUUCUCCCGUGUUGCUGGAAGACAACCUCAUUGGGCAGGCAAAAGCAGCUGGGAAAAGAGUCAUCUUUUAUGGAGAUGAUACGUGGAUUAAGUUAUUCCCAAAGCAUUUUGUAGAGUAUGAUGGAACAACCUCCUUUUUCGUGUCAGAUUUUAGGGAGGUUGAUGAUAAUAUUACAAGGCAUUUGGAUAAUGUAUUAAAAAGGGAAGACUGGGAUAUGCUAAUACUUCAUUACCUAGGAUUAGAUCACAUUGGUCACAUAAGUGGGCCACACAGUCCUAUGGUAGGACCAAAGCUUAAAGAAAUGGAUUACAUCCUAAAGAAGAUCCACAUUUCAUUAUUGUCCAAGGAGAGAGAGGCUUCUUUGCCCCAUUUAUUGGUCCUUUGUGGAGAUCAUGGGAUGUCUGAAACAGGAGGCCAUGGAGCCUCUUCAGUAGAGGAAGUGAGCACACCUCUGAUUUUGAUCAGCUCUGCAUUUCAAAGGAAAAGCGGUAACUUCCAACCUCCAGAGCAUGUCCAGCAGACUGACCUGGCUGCCACACUAGCAGUGGGCCUUGGUUUGCCGAUUCCAAAGAAUAGCGUGGGGAGCCUGUUAUUUCCAGUUGUAGAAGGAGCAACAAUGAGAGAGCAGCUGAGGUUCCUGCACUUAAAUUCAGUACAGCUCAGCAGACUGCUGCAGGAGAAUGUGCCGAUGUAUGAGAAAGAUCCUGGAUUUCAGCAGUUUAAAGUAACAGAAAAGUUGCAUGGGAAUUGGAUUAAGCUGUACUUGGAGGGAAAUAAUUCAGAAGUCCUUUUAAACCUUGGCAGAAAAGUUCUUAAGCAGUAUUUAAAUGCUUUGAAGACCAUGAGUAUGUCGCUGAGCAAACAAGUAGGCCAGUAUGAUAUGUACUCGAUGAUGAUUGGGACUGUCAUAGUCUUGGAGGUUCUGAUUCUGCUUUUGCUCAGUACCCCGAAAGCCUUGUGCCAGAAGGCUGAGUUUGAGAUUCCACUGUGGUCUUCCUUGUUUUCUCUGCUCUUCUACUUGAUGGUCCUCGUUCUCUCUGCGGUCCACGUCAUCGUGUGCACCUCGGCUGAGAGGUCGUGCUACUUCUGUAGUGUCUCUUGGCUGAUGGCUGUUGGGGUGAUGAUGCUGAUUUCUGCACUUCUCUGUGUGAUCUUGUGUCUUCUUGCAAAUGUAUUUGAGAAUGUCAAACUUCCAGCUAAGAAUUCAGCUGCCUCCGGUUCCAGCUGGUCGGGAUUAGAUCUGCUUAUUUUAUUUGGAACUCUGGGCCAUGUUUUGAGUUUGGGUGCAAGCAGUUUUAUAGAAGAAGAACACCAAACCUGGUAUUUCCUUGUCAAUACUCUCUGUCUAGCGCUGGGCCAUGAAAUAUGUAGAAACCACUUUCUUGGGAAGGACUUUGAUCAUAAUUUAGCUGUGGAAGGGGAUUUUCAAAAAGAUACUAAGAAGGUUUUACAAUACAGAAAUGACUCUGUGGAUGUCCCAGAGUACGACAAAGUGCACAAGAUGUCUUCUUUGGAACUGCCAGAGGGCUGUGAAAAGUGGUUGGGAUUGGCCACUCCAUGGCUUAUACUGAUUUGCUGUAGACUGCUCCGCUCAUUCAAUCAGACAGGAGUGCAGUGGGCUCAUCGACCAGACUUUGGCCACUGGCUGACCAGUUCUGAUCAUAAAGCUGAACUCUCUGUUCUGGCAUUUCUCUCCCUUGUCAUGAUCUUCAUUCUGGUUCAGAGAAGAUGCUCUCCUGUUUCAAAAGUAGCAAUGGCACUAGGGCUCUUGGGAGUCUAUUGCUACCGAGCAGCAUUUGGAAAUGUCUUUUUGCCAUGGCAACGAGACAACAAAGAUAUUUCUAAGGGAAUUAUUGAAGCUCGCUUUGUAUAUGUCUUUGUUCUGGGUAUUCUUUUCACCGGAACCAAAGACUUGCUUAAGUCCCAAUUCGUUUCUGCAGAUGUCAAUAUCAAGAGUCGAGGUCUGUGGGAAAUACAUAGCGGAUUAGUUCUUCUAGCAGCCUUGUUGCUCCGACCUCACAAUCUUCCUGUUUUGGUGUUUAGUCUGUUGAUUCAAGCUGUAAUGACAAAAUUCAUCUGGAAGCCCUUGAAACAUGAUGCAGCUCAAAUUACUAUAAUGCAUUAUUGGUUUGGCCAAGCCUUCUUUUAUUUUCAGGGUAAUUCCAAUAACAUUGCCACAGUGGAUAUUUCAGCAGGCUUUGUUGGCCUAGACCACUAUAUUGAAGUACCAGCUAUGUUCCUCACAGCCUUUGCAACAUAUGUAGGACCUAUCCUUUGGGCCAUUCACUUACUGAGUUUUUUGAGUUCAGAAAACAACAGCAGAUCUUUUUGUGGUGGUGAAGAAUUGGAAACUGAGGAGAAAACUGAGAAUUCAGUUGGAGAAUGGCUGGACAAGUCAUUGGAUGUGGAUGUGAUCGAAUAUUGCUGUGUUGUAAGAAGUAAUGAAGGAAGCAGCUUAGGAGAAACCUGGGAAGACACGUCUGAACUGAUGGAGAGUGAACAGGAGUUCAGCAAUGAGUCACGCCUGCUUCUGCUAUGCAGUGAUAUGUUCCAUUCCUGUGUCUGCGUACAUCAUCCUGGUGACAUCUCUACGUUACCAUUUGUUUAUAUGGAGUGUGUUUUCUCCAAAACUGCUCUAUGAAGGAAUGCAUUUAUUACUGACAGCUACCAUUUGUGUAUUUUUCACAGCCAUGGACCAAACCAAUCUCAUAAAACCUUAGUCUGUUAAGUAUGCCAGGAAAGAGCUGUGCUUUUUAAAAAGCCUAUUAAUUGCUGACUGAAUUUGAGUAAUGGAAGAUAAGUUUAACUACUAAGAAGAUCAUUCCCGAAAAAGAUAAAAAGUUAUUUAUGGCUUAUGAGUUCUACCAGUUGCUGAAAAAAAAUUUUCAACUUCUUUGACUUCUGUACUUGAAUAUAGAUGUACUGUAAGUGACUUUUGGUGGUUGAGAUUGGGUAGGGGAUAGGUAAGGGGAGAGGGAAGAGAAAGACAGACUCUUCGACUGUUUGAAAAAGUACUAAUUUUGUUCCAGAAUAUUAAAUUUGAUUACAAACCAUGACCCUUUUCCCUCAACUCAAAUAA